AGGUGUCUACGAAGCAAAGAAGGAAAUAUGUUUAGCGGGAAGGAUCCAAGGAGGUUGCUAAAGGUCUGUAUGUUUGAUGUGUUUACAGCUGCACGGAGUCAGAUGGGCCCCCUGGUUGGCAGAUCGCUGUCAAACAUAUCAGACGGAAGGAAGGAAGGAAGGGAGGGAGGGAGAGAGAGAGAGAGAGAGAGAGGGAGAGAGCGGGCGAGCGGGCUGGCGGGCUGAUGUGAGUGUUCGCAAAGUCUAAGCUGUGAGCGCUCUGUGCACAACGAGGCAGUUACCAGACUUCGGAAAAUAUUGGAGCAGAUACUUGAAGAGAGUGGGGAGAGGGAAUGACAGACUCGAGCCCCGUACCGUCGCUUUUGAACCUUGCCAUCGAUAGAGCAGCCGCGAAUAUUGAAAAGUUUCCAACUUUUACCUUUGUCCCUGAUCACAUCGUGGCAAUUCUCUUCGAGAAAACUCUGGAAUCCAGCAAAUUGAAUGAUGCGAUACUGAAGAAGUUUCUUGAAACUGACAACAACUGGGUGCGGAAGAGAGUCAAAGACCUUGGAAUUCGUCCCGCCAACCGACCAGUAUUGCCUACAGCAUGUUCAGCAAAAUCACCAAAACUUGUGUGAUAACUCAUUCCAGGCUUGAGGAGGACGGACGUUAGCCAUUAUUUAGACGAAAGAAGAUGAAGGGGAAAAACGUUUUAAAAGUAGCUCGAGGUCAUGUAAGUCUCUGGGAGCAACAACUGAGAGCGUUGUCAACUGCAGCUUCCACUGAGAAGCUUAGUCAAGGGACUAAGUUGAGUCAGAGGUGCUCUUUCAGUGCUGCUGAUGUUACUUCUUACUGUCGUCUCACUGGUGAUUCUAAUCCAAUUCACACCAGCACAUCGGCUGCCCAAGACGCUGGAUUCAGUGGGUGUGUGGUGCCCGGCAUGCUCUGUGGGAGUUUAUUCCCAGCUAUCAUCGGCUCUCGCUUUGCGGGUGCAGUUUAUGUUUCUCAAACUUUGACAUUCAAAGCUCCUGUGGCGGUUGACGAAUAUCUCAUUGCCGAAGUGGAGGUGACAGCGAUUCAGAAUCUGAGGCGGAAUGCUAAAAUCACAUUCAGUACACGUUGUUUUACAGACGAAAACGAGCGACUGCUGGUAGAAGGGCAGGCCGUUGCCUUGUUACCAUUGAUCAAAGAUCUCGGCUGAGGUUUCUCGCUGCGGUUUGCUUUACUUUCAGGAUCUACCUUGAAGUGUGUAUACUAGUUGUGAUGUGGUGGAUAUUGUUAGUUACACCUCUGUCACUCAGCCUCUAGCCUCCAUUAGUUUCACCGUAUCACACAGUUAGUAAGCAUUUGGGAUUUGGUGAGAUUGUCACGUCUUCUUGUAAAGGGAUUUUUUUACCGAAGUUUUCUUCCGCGUAAUUUGGGCACUUUGCCUCAACCGACAUCCAGUUCCAUCUUCAUAUACAUUUGUAUCCGGCCUUUUUUCAUAUAUCUAUUGGUGUAACCUUGAUCCGGUUUAUUCGGAAAUCAAAGAAGAU